GUAAAGCAGGGGUCCAUGUUUCCUUUAUUCAGUUUUACAUUUGUAGCUAUAAUGUAAGAAAUACUGUGAGUAGGUCGUUCACACAGAUGUUACCAGCUGCAGAAAAAUAAACUGUUCAUCUGGUGUAGUAGUCUGGCGGUGAGGGCACCGUCCUAUUUUAGGAGACUAUUUUCCUGCGCUUAUUAUAAUAAUGAGCAAUAUAACGGACCGAGCGACUAUCCGGCAGCAGAGCUCGGAGAAUAACUCCGUGAGCAGCAGUGAGUGGGACAUGGCAAAUGAUGUGUUUGUGUCCGGUUUCGACGACAACCCACUGGCAGACAGCAUCGGUGCUGGGGACAGGGAACCGGUACAGCCGGGCUUACUGGACACGCAUCUGCCGUUGUUAUCAUCCCAGGACGGUAUGAUCCUGGGCCUGACUGGGGAGGAAUAUUCUGCCUCAUCCUAUCUGGACAUCGAGCCAAACUACACCGAAAGCGACGGCAACGUUACAGUCAAGAAGCGCGUCCGGUCCAACAGCUCCCGGCACCGCGGUGACAUUGUCACGGAGCUGGGACCAGAGGAGGUCCGCUGGUUUUACAAAGAGGACAAGCGGACGUGGAAGCCGUUCGUCGGACAUGACUCUUUAAAAAUCGAGAUUAUCUACCGGCGGUUCUGCGAACAGAAUCCGGAUAAGGUCAAACGCCCCGUCGAUCCCAUCGAAACCGACGAGAAAGAGACGGUCAGAUCCCCUGAACUGCAGCCGGAAGGCUCGGCCGUGGACUUUGGAAGUGUCAGGGCGGAACCGGCGGUGCAGCGGGGCGGGGUGCUACGGCUCUCCGUGUCAGAGGAGAUCAAAGACCCAGACCACAUCGGGGGCAUCAGUGUGGAGGCAGUCUGUGUCAGAGGGGGGCUUUAUGAAGUGGAUAUCAAGGAGAAGGAAUGCUAUCCCGUUUACUGGAACCAACAAGACCGGAUUCCUGUGAUGAGGGGACAGUGGUUCAUUGAUGGAACUUGGCUUCCCCUGGAGGAGGACGAGAGUGAUCUAAUUGAGCAGGAACACCUCUCACGCUUCCGGGGGCAACAGAUGAGGGACACCUAUGAGAUGGAGGCAGUGACCACCACAGUGGACAGCAAGGACGCUAUCCACAGUCUGAAGCUGAGCAGGAGUCAUGUGGACUGGCACAGUGUGGAUGAGGUGUACCUGUACAGCGACGCCACCACGUCCAAGAUUGCACGUACUGUCACUCAGAAACUGGGCUUUUCUAAAGCCUCAAGCAGUGGGACACAUCUCCAUCGAGGGUACGUGGAGGAAGCUGCACCUGAGGAUACCCCACCUGAAACCACACACAUUGUGUUUGUGGUGCAUGGCAUUGGCCAGAAGAUGGACCAGGGUCGCAUUAUCAGGAACACCAGCAUGAUGAGAGAUGCUGCCAGAAAGAUGGAGGAGAAACACUUCUCGGAUCGCACCACAGAGCAUGUAGAGUUCCUUCCUGUGGAAUGGAGGUCCAAACUCUGUUUGGAUGGAGACACAGUGGACUCCAUCACUCCAGACAAAGUUAGAGGUCUCAGAGAUAUGUUGAACAGCAGUGCCAUGGACAUUAUGUACUACACAAGUCCUCUGUACAGAGAUGAGAUUACCAGGGGUUUGACUCUGGAACUGAACCGUCUGUACUCCCUCUUCUGCUCACGGAACCCAGACUUUGAGAAAAAUGGAAAGGUGUCCAUAGUGUCACACUCACUGGGCUGCGUCAUCACCUUUGACAUCAUGACAGGCUGGGACCCAGUUCGCUUUCAUCAUCCAGAAGGCCUAGACCCAGAGGAUACAAAGGUCUGCUGGCCUAUGGAUGAAGAGCGCCACCUUCAGGAGCAGCUGAGACUAACGCGCCUCAGGUUGAGGGACUUAGAGGAUCAGUUCCAGGGUCUGCAGACCUCGUCUUGUGUUGCAGUUCCUGCCUUGAAAUUCAAGGUAGAGAAUUUCUUCUGCAUGGGGUCUCCUCUGGCUGUAUUCUUAGCAUUACGAGGAAUCCGGCCAGGAAACAAUGGCAUGCAGGACCAUAUUCUUCCGAAAUCUAUCUGCAAUCGCCUCUUCAAUAUAUUCCACCCUACAGACCCUGUGGCGUACAGACUGGAGCCUCUAAUCUUAAAGCAUUACAGUAACAUUGCCCCUGUUCAGAUCCACUGGUACAACACCACCAGCCCAACACCAUAUGAUCUGAUCCGACCCACACUACUCAAUCCCCUGAAGGAGACUGUGUCUGUCUCAGAUUCAGAGAGCAUCCCCAGCCCCUGCACCUCUCCGCCCCAGCCACGGCGCCACUAUGGGGAAUCAAUCACCAGCCUGGGCAAGGCCAGCAUCAUGGGUGCGGCAAGUCUCGGAAAGGGAAUUGGAGGAAUCCUAUUUUCCCGCUUUUCCCGUUCCAGUGGCCAGGUGGGUGGAGUGGAGGAGGAGCCAUCAGAUUCUGAGGGUGGAACCUCUGAAGUGAAAAAUGUGGCAGCAGGAGAGGAAGGUGUAGCAGGGACCGAAAGAGAAGAAAAGGACAAACAAAUAGAGGAGGAGCCUGCCAUGUCCCAGUCCACCUCAGCUAUUAUGGACAUCACCUCAUUGGAACUGGAGAGACGCAUCGACUUUGAACUGCGGGAGGGCUUGGUGGAGAGCCGCUAUUGGUCAGCUGUGACCUCGCACACAGCCUACUGGUGCUCUUAUGAUGUGGCUCUGUUUCUCCUCACCUUUAUGUACAGACCACAAGAGCUUCCUGAACCUGCUGAAGACAGCCCAGACACCUCAUAAGUGCAGAGUGAGCAUGAAGCCAUUACACCUGGGGUCAAUUCACUUUCUAUUCCCAACUUUUGAAAUACAAAUCCAAUUCUGAAAAUGGUGGGAUGUUGAGUAAAAUGUAAAUAAAAACAGAAUGCCAUGAUUUGCAAAUCCAUAAAGCCAUAUUUUAUUCACACUAAAACACUGAAAACAUAUCAAAUGUUUAAACUGACAAAAUUUACCAUUUUAAGAAAAAAGGUCAUCUUGAAUUUGAUGCAGCAACACACAUCAAAACAGCUUGAACAGGGUCAAGUUUACCACUUUAUAGCAGUGGUGAACAUGAUCCAUAACAGUCGGUAAAUGUCUGGGAACUGAGUUGUUAGACUUCUGGGAGAGGAAUGUUGUCUCUCUCUUGCCUGAUAUACAUUGCUUAAAAAAAAUUAAAGGAGCACUUUAAAACUACAUCAGAAUUAGAAAAAUAAUCCUGCUGGAUAUCUCUACCGAUAUGUACUGGGAGUUAGGAAUGAAAGGAUGCCACAUCAUUUGAUGGAAAUGAAAAUUACCAGCCUACAGAGGGCUGAUUUCAAAGACAUCUUGAUAAUCAAAGUGAAAAAUGAUGCAGCAGGAACGUCCAUUUUGCCAAAAUUUCAUUCCAUCAACUUAAAACUCAAAACUGUGUAGUUUGGACAGCCCCAUGUACUUGUAUGCAUGCCUGACAGCAUCGGGGCAUAAUCCUAAUGAGAUGACAGAUGGUGUCUGCAGUAAUUUCCUCCCAGUUCUGAACCAGGGCAUCACUGAGCUCCUGGACCAUCUGAGGUGGCAAUGGACUGAAAUAUAAUGUCCAGAGGUGUUCUGUUGGAUUUAGGACAGGGACAGUCAAUGGCAUCAAUUCCUUCAUCCUCCAGGAACAGCCUGAAUACUCUCGCCACAUGAGGCAAUGUCGUGCACCAGGAGGAACUAGUUCACCUAAUUUUUUGCAAAAUUUUCUCUUUUGUUGCCCCCAUUUCAGAUUUACUGAGGUGUGUUCCUGUGGACGGUAGGAACACCCAAGAGGGUUGCUUCCCUGCACCUUCAGGCCGGGAAAUGAGUCCUCACUGUUGUCAACAUCUGACACAGACAGCAACAUGUCUGUGUGUAAAAUUGGACAGUUAAGGAUUGAUUUGAAAAUUCUUUUAUUUGUUUUUAAAUGUCUUCAUGGCGUUGCCCCACCAUAUCUGUUUGACCUGCCCCACCUGUACGCUGGUGAUGGCAGUCCGACACUGAAGCUUUGAUACACGCUUUGGGCUUACAGUUCCAUAGAACCAAGCUUCGAAGCUUGCUUUGGGGCGAAAGAAAUCACGUGACAUAUGACAGCCGAACUAGCAACUGCUCCAUUCCCCGAAUGAGUCACCUGACAGGUUUGAGGUGCACUCAUGUGUUUCACUGACACCACCACAUCUGGUUAUGAGCAAAAAAAGAAACCGGCUCAAUCCAAAAACAGUUUAAAAAAUAAUGUACUUCAAUAAAAAACUUUCCGUGUUCCCCGUCCCACAAAAUCACCCCCCUGCCAUAGUUACACAUGCACACCCAAUUUAUACCAUGUUUUCCCAGUACUCUCUCCUUAAUAACACAACACACACAUUCAGCCAUCUUUAUUUGUAAAUAUUACAUCAUAUCAUGAUAUUCGGUCAUAAUGUGUGUGCCUCAAAGUUUGCAAAGAUGCUUCAGAACAAAAGUUAUUUUCUGCAAAAGUAAAUGGACUAGUUCUUACAGCUCUUUUCUACUCUAUCUGAGCACUCAAAGCACUUAUACAACACAUUUGCAUUCACACCCCAUUCAU